ACAUCUGUGAUUGGCGUGUAACGGUUUGUCCGGAAUUUCCAUUCAAAGUGGAUUGUGACAAUUGGCUUUUAGGCCGUAAUCAUAUGUUUGUCGAGAUUUGAUAUCUAGGAAAAGUCGUAUGGUGUCGGGCUUACCACCAGAUACCAGAUCCCCUAUACUAGAGGUGUAUGAAUCCGAAUUUGAGCCACUGUAGUUGAAAUUUUUGUUAGUAACUAUCACCAACGCGCCAUCUGCUCGCCUGAACCUUACGAUACUACGCCGAGUCGAAUUGUACAAACAACUCAAACUCGAACCUUCAAAAAUUGUACUUGUUAUUGUAUUUUGAAGACCGAGAAAAUGUGCUCUCCCCUAUCAUAUAAAACUGAGGAUAUCUUGAGUUAGCGACGCACUGUUUGGUACUUCAAGUAAAGGAAAAUUGGCGAAAUGAAUUUAUUGAUUUAUUCGACGGCUAGGGCACCAACUCAGUUACAAUGUGUGUAGACAUAUAUGUAUACGCGAUGGUUACGAUUCGCAAUCUGGUUUAACCUCAUUUGGAAAAAAUUCCACCCGAUUAAACCUCAAACUCGCACUAACACAACUGCACAUGGAUUAGUCAAUUGUAGCUCGAAGCUUUGUUGAAUACCCUCUCUAGCAUAUCACAGGCCAGGGUUGCCAAAAGCCAAUUUGAAUUUUUGUUCCAAAAAUCGUUUCAUCUGUUUUUUUCUUUUCGAAAAAUCUGUACUGUAACGAUAUUUGUAUGGAACUUAUCAAAUUUGAUUCAUGAGAUAUUAUCUCAUCGAUCUUUGCUGCAUUGCAUGUUGAAUAGUAAAAAUAUAUUUCAAAUUACUCCUCGAAGAGAAAAAAAAACUCAGGAGCAUCCUUCUGGAAUAAAUAUUAUUACAUUUCUUACAAAAUGAAUGUAUAUGAUUCGCUCAAACAUUGAAAACUUUUUCCGAGGCCUGGAGAAACGAGUUUCAUAUAGCAAUCGACUCAGCUCGACAAAUUGGGAGAAUGUCUAUGUAUGUGUGUAUUGUAGACCAGCGAGGGUACUUUUAUCGAUCCAAACAAACUGUCAAAAUCCGGAGCCAAACGAGCAUGAUGUCAUACAAUGCAAACAAGCAGAACAAGUAUUGCGGUUUUAUUUAAAAAAAAUGUAUUUUGUUAUUCACAGUGGGCUUCACUUUUUAUGUUCGUAUUAGAAUUUUACAAUGUUAUUUAGAAAGAUAUUUCUUGUGUUCUACCUAACUGCAUAAAAAGCAUUUUACUUAUGCUCUUUUUCAUCAAUUUUGUUUGUUUUGCACCUAGUUGAGAAUACAACAUUACUGAUUUUUGCUACUUGUAGGGUUGGUCUGCGGAUCAUUCGUCGCACUAUCGCUGAAGCUCCGACAGACCGAUAGCUUCAUUGCGUCGCAUCGUUGAUUCCGUGGAAGUUGUAACUGCUCUACACAUACUGGAUGCAAAAGUGACGAACGUGUUCCACUGCAGGGAUCAUUCCUGCAUAUAUGACACUUUUGCUUUAUACUCACCAGCAGAGCUAGAAUUGAACUGGUUUGUUUGCCUGCUGUAGAGCGUCGUUAUUAUCGCAUGCUCUCUCAGGCAUUAUUUCGAUUCGCAAACUCAUGUUCAAUACCCCUAGCAGAAAUGUGGUAUUUUCUUAUAUUGCAUGGCAAGAAAAAGUUCGAGUCGGAGAUUGUGUGACUGAUUUGUAAAAUCAAUAUGCGUAAUUGUAAUUGUAAUUGUAAUUUUAUUGAAAACGGUAUUCUGUUGGUUUACACCUAGUAUCAGGACAAGGAAAAAUGCUUCGGAUAUAAGUUACUUGAUUAGAGCAGAUAUGUGUACAUAAGGAACCCUUCCAAAUCAAACGGGUGAAGACGAAGUGGUUGUUUGAAACACAAUUAUGUUGUUAUCUAUAGUAAUACUUCUUUAGCUACCAAAAUAUAUGGCCCAUUUUUUCGGAGUAGACAUUUUGACGAAAACGAACUAAAAUGUAAUAAACACUAAACAAAAUAUUACAGAAGACUAUUGCAAAGCUUUUCCUCACAUCCGGAAGAGGAAACUCACUGAGAAGAUUCUUCAAGCGCAAUUCAUUCGAACCCGGACUAUCCGCUUUCUCUCAGUUGAGAAUUGACCGGCACUGAGCGCGAACGUUUUUACCGCGUAAUUAACUCGUUAAUCGAUAGUUUUUUUUCUAUAGCUUACUCUCAUAUCUGUUCUAUUUUAAUUUACGUACAAACAUUUUCUUACGCUACCCGGAAUGGAGCUACUGCUGCUGGAGUGGUUCAUUGCACUGGUGGUUGCUGUGUUCGGGAUCAACUAUCUACUGGUGCGGAGAAAUUUGAAAUAUGGCCAUCAAUGGCCGGGACCGCCGGCAUUCCCGCUCAUCGGUUGCUACUAUCUUUAUUUCAACAAAAGUCCUGAAGAUGUGCUAAACUUCAUUCAUGGACUGAACGUCAAGUAUGGUAAACUGUUUUGCGUUUGGAUCGGCACCCGAUUGGCUCUGUUCUGCACCAACACCCGAGAUUCGGAAACGGUUCUCAGCAGCCAAAAAUUGAUUACCAAAAGCGAAUUAUACAAAUUUCUCGUCCCAUGGCUAGGAAACGGGUUACUGUUGAGUACGGAUCAAAAAUGGUUCAACAAACGAAAAAUCAUCACGCCCGCAUUCCACUUCAAGAUUCUGGAACAGUUUAUCGAAGUAUUCAACCGCCAGAGUGGUAUUCUAGUACAGAAAUUGAAACCGGAAGCUACUGGACAGCUGGUUAAUAUUUAUCCGUAUGUUACUCUAGCAGCGUUGGAUGUUAUUUGCGAAACCGCAAUGGGAACCGCAAUUAACGCCCAAACGGAUGCAGAGUCGAAAUACGUGAAGGCCGUAACUGAGUUAAGCUAUCUACUGACCGGCCGUUUCGUCAAGGUAUGGCAACGGUCAGAUUUUCUAUUUAACCUGUCACCGGACAGAAGACGCCAGGACAAAGUGAUUAAGAUUUUGCAUAAUUUCACAACCAACAUCAUACGAUCCCGAAGGCAGGAACUGAUGGAAAAAGGAGGAAAUCAAGGUAUACUUGGAGAUGACAGCAUCGGUAGUAAAACAAAGAUGGCUUUUUUGGACGUCUUGCUACAGGCCACCAUCGAUGGUCGCCCACUGACUGACAAAGAAAUUCAGGAAGAAGUUGAUACGUUCAUGUUUGAAGGUCACGACACGACCACCAUUGCCAUUGCUUUUACACUGCUGCUUCUUGCUCGGCACAAGGAUGUUCAAGAGAAAGUCUAUAAGGAAGUGACGGAAAUAAUUGGAACAAACCUGGACACUCCAGUCACAUACCGAAACUUGCAGGAUAUGAAAUACUUGGAAAUGGUUAUCAAGGAAUCGCUUCGUUUGUAUCCGCCAGUACCGAUAAUCGGAAGAAAAUUUACUGAAAAAACUACCAUAGAUGGUAAAACCGUUCCGGAAAAUUCUAACUUCAACCUCGGCAUUAUUCUGAUGCACCGGGAUCCAACGCUGUUCGAGAAUCCGGAACGAUUCGACCCGGAACGUUUCAACCCGGAAAGAACAAUGGAACAGUCUUCACCCUACGCCUAUAUUCCGUUCAGUGCCGGACCAAGGAAUUGCAUUGGUCAAAAAUUCGCCAUGUUGGAGCUCAAGAGCACCAUUUCCAAGGUGAUUCGACAUUAUCGGCUCACUGAAGCGGGUCCGGAGCCUACAUUAAUUGUCCAGCUAACGCUGAAGCCUAAGGAUGGACUGAAGAUCGCUUUUGUGCCGCGCUUUUAGAUCACUACUAUGGCGAACUUUUGUUUUUGUGAUUUCAUUCAAAACAGACUGGGAAUGUGAUAUCGACAAGAUGCUAUGUUAUUUUAAUUGCCAUUUUACUGUUUGAUAGCAAAAAGAGUUUACUUUUUUUUAAUAACAUAUGUACUAUAUUAAUACUAAUAGAGCUACAAUAUUAUACUUAUAGACCUAAUAUAGUGUUUGCUUAAUUCACAUAGGUAGCUGUAAAAAAGCACCUCCAUGUCGAGAUGCAUUAUAGUAUAGGUGUUCACAUUCAUCAUGUUUGAGUGUGUUGGUUUGUUGCUAGUGAAAUUAAUCAUGGCACCCCAGGACCACGAAAUACAUAAUCAACAAACUGACCAAUCGAAAAGAAGCUUGUAAUCACAUGGUGAAAAUAAUUAUAGCGCCCGGUAUCGCAAAGACGCAAAUGUUUACAUCACUAACCAAUCAGAAUGAAUUAGAGGACCACGUGCUUUUGUUUUCUCCUUCAUUUCUUCUUUUUUAAAAAUAAAAAAUGUGGACACCUGUACAUC